GCUUCAACGGCAUUUCAAGGGAAGGCAUCUCAGCGUGAUGGCAAGAGAGGUCCAACGCCAGAGUGCAGAUUAGGCGGAGCAAUGGUUUAAAUCCGUCUUUUUGAAAGUUUCUUCCCGCUCCCUGGUCGCAUUGUUAUUUGGACCAUGACCAAAUCCAAAAGCAAGCGUCGUGAAAGCAAGAGCCGCCGUGGCGACAGAGGACUAGAUCCUCCCUCUAAUAACGAUGCUGCAAGUUCGAUUGGAUCAAUUUUCUUGGAAGACUCAGAAGAACUGGCCCUGAAGCAACGUGAAAGCACAGAUGUCACAGUUCCAGAUUUCAAUCUUGCAGAUUAUGAUCUCGGAGAAGACUACUCUUUCCAGGAUCAUUGUGAUGAACUGACCUCUGAGUGUGAAGACAAGAGGUCUAGCCAGGACUACGGAGAAGGCGAAAGCCUUGAUGCCGUCGACACUACGGCGAUGACGACACGGACUUAUUCCUAUUCUGAACUGGUGGCUACCUUGGGCAGUGAUUCGGAGCACCUCAAAUCAAUGCAUCCUCGAUUGCACCGUCGUGUCAGAGAUUUUCGGUUUGCCAGGCGAAAGAGACGCGAAAAACAAGGCACUCACAAACCAUGGGGGAUAUUCGGUCUCUAUGCUCACCUCUCCGACAUUCGAAUUGAUUUGGAAUGGGCUGAAGAUGCUGCCUGGAGACGUGAAAAUGGUGAACCAUAUCUCAGCUGGGCUGAUUAUGAGAAGGCACGGAACAAGGGCAUGAACAGGCCCUUGUUUUCCUACUUGACUGUCUUUAUCUGCACCGUUAUGAUGAUUGUCACCUUCUCCCUCAAUGACUGGAAAAUUGAGCCCCUCAGCGUGAAUCCCCUGAUAGGGCCCUCUGCUGAAGUACUUAUUCAAGCUGGGGCUCGCGACACUGCCCUGAUUGUCAAUGAAGGGCAAUGGUUCCGCCUCAUUUCCCCCAUUGUUCUCCACGGCGGAGUGAUCCACUUUGUGAUCAACAUGAUGGCAUUAUGGUUCAUUGGAGCUGCUGUCGAACAAAGCCAUGGCUUUGCUAGCGCUGCCAUCUUAUUCUUUAUCCCUGCAGUAGGAGGGAACAUUCUCAGUGCCAUCUUUCUACCACAGUACAUUAGUGUGGGAGCCAGUGGUGGAAUAUUUGGAUUAAUAGGUGGCUGUGUUGCGGAUGUAGCCUUGAACUGGAAUCUACUGUUCAUUAAAGGGGAAGAUGAAGACGAUGUUACCAAAUGCCAGCACUGGUCUGCUUUCUUCUGGUUGUUUGCAGACAUUGUUGCCAACGCAAUUCUGGGGCUAACGCCUUUUGUGGACAACUUUACACAUCUUGGUGGACUGCUGUACGGCCUCUGCUGUGGAAUCUCGACUAUUGAACGCUUGGCUGUUGGUUUCUUUGGCGUCGGUACCGGACGGUGCUCGCGCAUUCGGAAUAGCCUUGUCCGCUUUUGUGGACUUAUCUUCAGUGUCUUCCUCAUCAUGAUCACAACGGUCCUGUUGGUUGGAAGUGACGGGGCCACAAGUCCUUGCCCGUCGUGUCGCUAUGUUUCAUGUGUUCCCUUUCCCUUUGGAGCUGAAAACAAGUGGUGGAACUGUGAUGACUGCGACUUUGCUGUCGCUGAUCUCGUCAAACUUCAUGCUACUUCGGUUGCCUACGACAGGAUUGACUUGACCUGUCCUGACGGAGAGAUUGCUCUCAUUGACAUUACAACAGAGAACAUUAGUGACCGUGAAGAAGCCAGGGGUAUGCUUCCCAAGUUUUGCAGAGAUCACUGUGCUGAUGUGUUCUCAAACUGAUAUGCUGCAACUGGAGAAUGGGCUGAAAAUGAAGCUUUAUGGGGCAUGGGCGGGCAAUCCAAACUGGUUCCUAUCUUCGUCCCACUUGGUUAGAUGGGCUAUGCUUCUACUAGGUCUAACUAGCAAUAUCUGAAUCGAAGCUAUUACGGUAGUUUGCUUUUUAAAUUGUCUUCUUGCUACAGACAUCCCUGACCUAAUAACCUCAAAACCCAACCGGUGUGGUACGUACUAGCACAGUCGUACUAGUACCGGUACAACCACCGCCUCGAGCUGGCAAGGAUUCUUCCUUUCUGCCCUAAUAUAAACCAAAUCCUUCUGCUGGGAUCUGACCGACAGACAAAGGGUAGUACAGUACCAGUACUUGGUAGCAAAGCCUACAGUACGGUAGACAGUGACGGGUGUGACCUUCUCUCUGCUGGUUGGUACCGAAACGGUACCGGCACAAACGGUAACUGAGAAAGAGAGCUGGUAAUCAAGCAGCUCAACAGGAUUAUCAUUCAGCCUCCGCCGGAGUGCGGACGAGGGCCUUUGCGGAAGC